UCAUGAAUAUCAUUAAUUUGUCAAUAUGUCUUCCAGUGGUUCAGUGAUAUUAGCUGAUAGUUUGAGAGCUCAAGGGAUCCAGUACAUGUUUGGUAUAGUGGGUAUACCUAUAGUGGAGGUUGCUUAUUCUGCACAGGCUGCUGGAAUCAAAUAUAUAGGAAUGAGAAAUGAGCAAUCAGCUAGUUAUGCUGCUUCUAUCAUUGGAUAUCUCACUAAUAGACCUGGCGUUUGUCUAGUAGUACCUGGCCCAGGAUUGAUUCAUGCACUGGCUGGUAUUGUGAAUGCAUUUGUGAACUGUUGGCCAAUGGUAGUUAUCGCUGGUUCAUUUGAUCAGGAUCAGGUCGGAAUGGGAGGAUUUCAAGAAUGGAACCAAAUUAGUUCGGUCCAGUCCAGCUGUAAGUUUUCUGCCAGAAUAGAGACACUAGAGUCAAUACCAUACCUUAUUGAGAAAGUAGUAAGAACGAGUCUUUAUGGUAGACCUGGUCCAACCUACAUUGAGAUACCAGGAAACCUUGUUAACGAACUGAUGCCUGGUGAUAAUAUCAGUUAUCCACCCUGUUGUCCGGACCCACCGCUAACAUUAUCAGACCCCCUGGAUGUGAAAAAUGCCGUUAAAUGUUUGAUGGAAGCUAAAAGACCACUCGUUAUCAUUGGGAAAGGUGCUGCAUAUUCAAGAGCUGAACACGAGUUACGUCUGUUAUUAGUAAGAGCUAAUCUUCCUUUCCUCCCUACCCCAAUGGGUAAAGGAGUCCUGCCUGAUGAUCAUCCAUUAUGUGUGGCAGCUGCUAGAUCAAGAGCACUCAAAGAAGCUGAUGUCAUACUAUUAGUUGGUGCUAGACUCAACUGGAUACUGCAUUUUGGAAAACCGCCGAGAUUUAAUGAAAAUGUUAAAAUUAUUCAAGUUGAUAUUAGUCCUGAAGAGAUGAGUAAUAAUGUACCAGCUCAUGUCAUGCUCUGUGGAAAUGCUAAAUCAGUUAUCAAACAAUUAUCGGACGCUCUUUGUGACAUUGGCUUUAAAGGUGUUGAUCCAUUAGGUAACUGGUGGAGCACUUUAAGAAAUAAAAUUGAUUAUAAUACCAAACUUAGUCAAUCACUUGCUAGUCAGGAAAGUGUCCCAAUGAACUUUUAUUGUGCUUAUAAACAAAUAACAGAUUACAUACCUCGUGAUGCUAUUGUAGUGAAUGAAGGAGCUAAUACAAUGGACAUUGGUAGGACUGUUGUCAAAACACACUUCCCUAGACACAGAUUAGAUGCGGGUACAUUUGGUACUAUGGGUGUAGGUACUGGGUUUGCCAUAGCAGCUGCUCUAUAUACUACGAGUUUAAACAAAUCUAAGAAACAAACUCCAGUUUAUUGCAUUCAAGGUGAUAGUGCCUUUGGAUUCUCAGGAAUGGAAAUAGAAACUGCAUACAGGUAUAAGCUUCCGAUUGUUUUUAUAAUAAUGAAUAACAGUGGUAUAUAUCAAGGGCUCCCGAGAGAGCAGUAUGAUGACAUUAUGAAGAAUGAAGACCCUUUUAUCAAGUGAGGGAGAAAGAGAGAGAAGAAAA